AUGAAAAACCAUUCAGUGCCCACAGAAUUCAUCCUGCUCGGGCUAUCAGAUGACCCGGAGCUUCAGAUUGCUAUUUUUCUCUUUUUGAUGAUUACAUAUAUACUAAGUGUUGCUGGAAAUUUGACCAUCAUCACCCUCACCUUGGUGGACUCUCAUCUGCAGACCCCUAUGUAUUUCUUCCUCAGGAACUUUUCUGUGUUAGAAAUAACUUUUACAACCGUCUCAAUACCUAGAUUUCUGAGUACCAUUAUCACCAGAAACAAAACUAUUUCGUACAACGAUUGUACAGCUCAGCUGUUUUUCUUCAUCUUCAUGGGCAUCACUGAAUUUUACCUGCUAACUGCUAUGUCCUAUGAUCGCUACGUAGCUAUCUGCAAACCCUUGCACUAUACAACCAUCAUGAACAAGAGAGUCUGCAUGCUGCUUGUCUUCUGUGCUUGGCUAGCAGGAUUCUUAAACAUCUUCCCGCCAGUGAUUCUCUUCCUCCAGUUAGAUUACUGCAGCUCCAAUGUCAUCGAUCACUUUGCCUGUGACUACUUCCCCUUAUUGCAAUUAUCCUGCUCCGACACGUGGUUCCUAGAACUCUUUGGCUUCUACUCUGCCGUAGUGAUCCUGCUUUUCACGUUGGCAUUGAUAAUCUUGUCCUACAUGUUCAUUAUUAGGACAAUUUUGAAACUCCCCUCUGCAAAUCAGAGAAAGAAGGCAUUUUCUACAUGCUCCUCUCAUAUGAUCGUCAUCUCCAUCUCUUACGGAAGCUGCAUAUUCAUGUAUGCUAAUCCCUCUGCAAAAGAGAGAGCAUCAUUGACCAAAGGAGUAGCUAUUCUCAACACUUCUGUUGCUCCCAUGAUGAACCCCUUCAUAUACACCUUGAGGAACCAGCAAGUGAAGCAAGCCUUCAAAGACACCAUGCAAAAGGUUAUGUUCUUUUCUGGUAAAUGA